CCGGCUCCCGGCACUAGAAGGAAGCAAGCGCGGUGAUCCUGGCGUCUGCGCUGGGGUAUGCGGUACUGCCUAGCGUGGCUGCUCCACACUACCCUGCCCGGCACCUUCCGCUCGGUCCUCAGCGCCCACCUGUCGUCUCCGGAGCGCCUCUGUAGUUUCCAAAACAGGACUUACAGCAAAAUGAAUAAUCCAGCUAUCAAAAGAAUAGGAAAUCACAUUAUCAAAUCUCCUGAAGACAAGCGUGAAUACCGUGGGCUAGAGCUGUCCAAUGGCAUCAGAGUCCUUCUCAUCAGUGAUCCCACCACGGAUAAGUCAUCAGCAGCACUUGAUGUACACAUAGGUUCAUUUUCGGAUCCUCCAAAUAUUGCUGGCUUAAGUCAUUUUUGUGAACAUAUGCUGUUUUUGGGAACAAAGAAAUACCCUAAGGAAAAUGAAUACAGCCAGUUUCUGAGUGAGCACGCAGGAAGUUCAAAUGCCUUUACUAGUGGAGAGCAUACUAAUUACUAUUUUGAUGUUUCCCAUGAGCACCUAGAAGGUGCCUUGGACAGGUUUGCACAGUUUUUCCUGUGCCCCUUGUUUGAUGAGAGUUGCAAAGACAGAGAGGUGAAUGCAGUUGAUUCAGAACAUGAGAAGAAUGUGAUGAAUGAUUCCUGGAGACUCUUUCAGUUGGAAAAAGCUACAGGGAAUCCCAAACACCCCUUCAGCAAAUUUGGGACAGGUAAUAAAUAUACUCUAGAGACUAGACCAAACCAAGAAGGCAUUGAUGUAAGACAAGAGUUACUGAAAUUUCAUUCUACUUAUUAUUCAUCCAACUUAAUGGCUAUUUGUGUUUUGGGUCGAGAAUCCUUGGAUGACUUGACUAAUCUGGUAGUAAAGUUGUUUUCUGAAGUUGAGAACAAAAAUGUCCCAUUGCCAGAAUUUCCUGAACACCCUUUCCAAGAAGAGCAUCUUAAACAACUUUAUAAAAUAGUACCCAUUAAGGAUAUUAGGAGUCUUUAUGUGACAUUUCCCAUACCUGAUCUUCAGAAAUACUACAAAUCAAAUCCUGGCCAUUAUCUUGGUCAUCUCAUUGGGCAUGAGGGCCCUGGAAGUCUAUUAUCUGAACUGAAAUCAAAGGGCUGGGUAGACACUCUUGUUGGUGGACAAAAGGAAGGAGCCCGAGGUUUUAUGUUUUUUAUCAUUAAUGUGGACUUGACUGAGGAAGGAUUAUUACAUGUUGAAGAUAUAAUUUUGCACAUAUUUCAAUACAUUCAGAAGUUACGUGCAGAAGGACCUCAAGAAUGGGUUUUCCAAGAGUGCAAGGACUUGAAUGCUGUUGCGUUUCGAUUUAAAGAUAAAGAAAGGCCCCGGGACUAUACAUCUAAGAUAGCAGGAAUAUUGCAUCUGUAUCCUCUAGAGGAAGUGCUCACAGCUGAAUGUUUGCUGGAAGAAUUUCGUCCUGAUUUAAUAGAGAUGGUUCUUGAUAAGCUCAUCCCAGACAAUGUUCGGGUUGCAGUCAUUUCCAAAUCUUUUGAAGGAAAAACUGAUCGCACAGAAGAGUGGUAUGGAACCCAGUAUAAACAGGAAGCAAUACCAGACAAAGUCAUUAAGAAAUGGCAAAAUGCUGAGCUGAAUGGGAAAUUUAAACUUCCAACAAAGAAUGAAUUUAUUCCUAUGAAUUUUGAAAUUUUGUCACUAGAAAAAGAAGCAACACAAUACCCGGCUCUUAUUAAGGACACAGCUAUGAGCAAACUCUGGUUCAAACAAGAUGAUAAGUUUUUCUUGCCAAAAGCUUGUCUCAACUUUGAAUUUUUCAGCCCAUUUGCUUAUGUGGACCCCUUGCAUUGUAACAUGGCCUAUUUGUACCUUGAGCUCCUCAAAGACUCACUCAACGAGUAUGCAUAUGCAGCCGAGCUAGCAGACUUGAGCUAUGACCUCCAAAAUACCAUCUAUGGGAUGUAUCUCUCAGUGAAAGGUUACAAUGACAAGCAACCAAUUUUGCUAAAGAAGAUUAUCGAGAAAAUGGCUACCUUUGAAAUUGAUGAAAAAAGAUUUGAAAUUAUCAAAGAGGCAUAUAUGCGAUCUCUUAACAAUUUUCGGGCUGAACAGCCUCACCAGCACGCCAUGUACUACCUCCGCUUGCUGAUGACUGAAGUAGCGUGGACUAAAGAUGAGUUAAAGGAAGCCCUGGACGAUGUCACCCUCCCUCGCCUGAAAGCCUUCAUACCUCAGCUUCUUUCCCGGUUGCACAUUGAAGCCCUGCUCCAUGGAAACAUAACCAAGCAGGCUGCAUUAGGGAUUAUGCAGAUGGUUGAAGAUACCCUUAUUGAGCAUGCUCAUACCAAGCCUCUCCUUCCAAGUCAGCUGGUUCGGUAUAGAGAAGUUCAGCUCCCUGACAGAGGAUGGUUUGUUUAUCAGCAAAGGAAUGAAAUUCAUAAUAAUUGUGGCAUCGAGAUAUAUUACCAAACAGACAUGCAGAGCACCGCAGAGAACAUGUUUUUGGAGCUCUUCUGUCAGAUCAUCUCUGAACCUUGCUUCAACACCCUGCGUACCAAGGAGCAGCUGGGCUAUAUUGUCUUCAGCGGACCACGUCGAGCCAAUGGCAUACAGGGCUUGCGAUUCAUCAUCCAAUCUGAAAAGCCACCUCACUACCUAGAAAGCAGAGUGGAAGCUUUCUUAAUUACCAUGGAAAAAGCCAUAGAAAACAUGACAGAAGAGGCCUUCCAAAAACACAUUCAAGCGUUAGCAAUUUGCCGACUAGACAAACCAAAGAAACUGUCUGCAGAAUGUGCUAAAUACUGGGGAGAAAUCAUCUCCCAGCAAUACAAUUUUGAUAGAGAUAAUACAGAAGUUGCAUAUUUAAAGACACUGACUAAGGAAGAUAUUAUCAAAUUCUACAAGGAAAUGCUGGCACUAGAUGCCCCAAGGAGACAUAAGGUGUCUGUCCAUGUUCUUGCCAGGGAAAUGGAUUCUUGUCCUGUUGUUGGAGAGUUCCCAUGUCAAAAUGAUGUAAAUUUGGCACAAGCCCCAGCCUUGCCACAACCUGAAGUGAUUCAAAACAUGACUGAGUUCAAGCGUGGCUUACCACUAUUUCCCCUUGUGAAACCACAUAUCAACUUCAUGACUGCAAAACUCUGAAGAUUCCCCAUGGGUGACAAUGCAAAUGGAUGCAUUCCUGAGUCUUCCAGGGCCUAGGAAACCAAUCUUGGCCACUUUAGUCGUUUCUUGAGCGACAAACAGAAAAAAAAAAGUCAUUAUGUAGAAAUAUUAAAAAUCCAAAAUAACUAUAUUACAGAAUCUUGUAGAUGUAGAAUAUUUUUUAAAUACAUGCCUCUUAUUUAAUUUUUUUUCUUUUCAUUACUAAAAGAAAUUGCCCUUACAUAACCAUGCUUAAGAUGAUGAUGAUGUGCCUGUAGACUCUUUUUAUUCCCUAUUCUGUAAAAUAGUCACUUGUGAGAAAAAAAGUUAG